UUUCAUUCCCUAAACAACCUGUACUCUAUCAGACCCUAAACCCACUUCCUCUCUCCCUAACUCACGCUAAUUAUUUCGCAAUUUCAUCUCCCAAUUUUGCUCUCUCUCUCUCACUCUCUCUCUCAUCCAAAUUUGUAACAUAAACACUGCAAUGAGGGUUCUUAGCUAUGGGUGGAAUUUAGCUUUGUAAAAUUAAAUACCCAAUAGAUUCACAAAGUAGCAGAAUCAUGGGGUCUCAAAAUCAGUUAGAAAUCAAUAGUUGAGAUUUUGCAAAGUGUAUUCGCAGAGACAAAAAGGUUGGGAUCUCUUUCUACCAUCAGCUUUCUCCGGAAAAGAUCGAUUCCUUGACCGUGUUCACAUAAUUAGUUUCUCAGUUAGCUUCAAUCGUGAGAAAUUAUUUUUCCAAAAGGCACACUGUGAGAAAUCGCUAGCUGAAGAAGUUGAAUUAAAUGGAUUAUGGAGAUAAAAGUUGGAUGAAUCUCCUAAGAUGGACGGAUGAGUAUAUUCGUGGAGUAAAUACUUUUCUUGAUAAGGCAUUUGAACGAGCUUCCCAGGAUUUUCAAAAAUCAAUUUGAAGAAAGAUAGUGUAUCAUUGAGGAGAGUUGCAACUUCACUGUUAACAGAUUUGGAACUAUUAAAAGUUUUGAGAUGACUAUGAAUCAAGUAGUGACUACAAGGAAAAACAAAAAAGAAACAAACUCACAGUAUCUUCCAGCUGGAUCACUUUCAUCGUUGGCAAAAGAAAAGUUUUCGUUGUUGACAACCAAAAGAGCUGUUCCACCUAAUUUUUCAAAUAGACAACCAAAGCAUCCAAGGUUAGGAUCUCAAGUGCAAAAACCAGUGCGUCAAUUGCCACUUACCUCUCAUGUACCACAAAAAGUACAAGAACAAGUACAACAAGUACCAUUGGAUUCUAGCUCUCCUGUAGCAACAAAAGGGCAAGAACAAGUGCAUCGAGCGACACUACACUCUACAGCUUCUGCUGCACAAGCAGUACUGGAACAAGUGCAACAAGUGUCGCAACGUUCUACAGCUUCUGCUGCACAAGCAGUACUGGAACAAGUGCAGCAAGUGUCGCAACAUUCUACAUCUUCUGCAGCACAAGUAGUAUUGGAACAAGUGCAGCAAGUGUUGCAACAUUCUACAUCUUCUGCAGCACAAGUACUAUUGGAACAAGUGCCGCAAAUGUCGCAACAUUCUGCCACUCAUGAAGUAAUUGAACAAUCAGAAAAACGAGGCUCUUCCACUGUAAAACGAAAAAGAGGAAGGACACAGAUGCCACGUGUACAUGGACGGAGUGAGCGCAAGUUGGCUGUUCUAAGUGAUUUGAACCAACCCAUUGGUCCUACUGACGAAAUUGUAAAAGAGUUGGGAAGUUUCCUCGGUACAUUGGCAAGAAAUUCAACCUUUUGUCCUCUGAAUAUAAAUAACUGGAAGAAACUGAAUACAAAAGAGGAUAUGUGGACAUAUAUCAAGACAAAAUAUGACAUUCAUGAUGAUGGAAGAGAGUGGGUUUUUCAAUCAAUUCAAAAUGCUUGGAGAAGAAAAAAAAAGAAGGAAACUUCUGAGGAACCAUCAAGUAAGGACAUGUUUGUGGCUACGAGAUCAAGAAAACCCGGUCGAGUAUACAAGGAAUCAUAUGAAGAUACAAUGCGCAAAAUUGCUGAAAUGGAGCAAAUACAAACUCAAAAAAGUGAAGAUGAUAACCAAUCAAUUGACGCAUUUGCAACAGUCAUGGGACCUGAACAUCCAGGUCGCGUAAGAUUGUAUGGUCGUGGGGUUACAAAGACUAUCUUGAAACAAAAAUCUGGAAAUUCUGGACCCUCUUCAAAGACUACUGAUGAGAUAAUGGAGCAAAAAAUGAAGGAAAUGGAAGAGAGAAUGCAACAAAGGAUGCAGAAAAACUUCGAGGAACAACAGGAAACUUGGCAGCAACAAAUUACACUUAAUGUUGUUGCACAACUUCAGCAUAUUAACCCAGAUUUACGAAUUCAUCCUAAUAUGCUAGCAUUCGGUGGUCGUUCACUCAGAGAAGCUUCCUCUGCACAACAAGCUGCAAUUCAACUAAUCAAUCGUCCAUCUACUAGUAGUACUAAUCAAGACCAACAUCUGCUUGGAAAUGCCACCAGUCCAACAUGCCAUGUACAGACUUUAGAAGAAGACAACAGGCCACCCACAUCCAAUGCAUUGCAGACAGUUCUUGUGGCCACUCAUAAGCAGCAACAAAGAAAAUGAGAUGGAGAAAAUGAAGAAAGGGAAGAUUAAAGGAAUGAAGAUCCUGCUUAAGAAGAUUUUUGGAUUGUUGCUGAAACUCUAAAUGUUCUAGGAAUCUUUUGUUAUCAAACAUUUUGAAACUUCUUUAACUUUUGGAUUGUAAAACUUAUGUACUUGGUUCUUAACUUUUGGAUUAUUAAACUUAUGUACAUGGGUUCUAAUAUUUUGCUUUUACGGAUAUUACAACUUGGAUUGUAAA